UCAGUCACAUCAGCAGUAUUCGUUCUCGUGUUCAAAGCUUUGGUGGUCUCUUUCUUCGAGUAGACUGAUAAUAGACGAGACUCGAAGAGAGUUGGGUGUGAAGAAGAGUUCUUCUUCGGAAAGGACCGUUCGUGCCGUCGUCAUUAUCGCUAGUAAUCGUCGUCGGUAAAUCAUCCCUUUCGUAAUUCCUAUCGCCCUCUUCCCCCUGCGUUCCGUUUAAUUCCUCUUCAAUUUCGCUCUAUCUCUAUCUUCCUCUACCUCCUCUCAUAUCCGCGCGCGUAUUGUGAAACAGUGUGAAACGCAAGGCAGGCAAGCGAUUCCGCGAAGAGGCGGGAUUCAUUUGCGAGCGCGAGUGACCGAAUGUUCCGCUGAGAAUUAUGUGGAAUAGUGACGCAGAAUUGGGAUCGGUCGCGCGUCAAGUCAGCUGACAUAUUGCGCCCUGCUGCACCGCAACAGCCUUCGGUGAGUACAUGGUGACACACGGUUGUAGAGGAGCAAUUGGGAAGAGAGCCGCAGCAAAGGACUACACCUAGUUAUCCUACACCAAGCUGACUGCAACUUUCCACUGUUUCUCAAGGCAGUGAUCGCAACUAGGAUAUAAACAGAAGUUUCCUUGAUUUACGAAGAGUGUACACUAAUAAAAGACGAGAGUUAUGGAACGAGAGUCUAAUCCUAUGCAAGCUCUGUGUCGCAGUGGCUGUGGAUUUUAUGGCUCGCCAGCUACUGAUGGCCUUUGUUCCCUUUGCUAUAAGGAAAAUCUAAAAAAGAAGCAGCAGCCACCAGUGUCAGCUGCCACCGUACCAACCUCACAGACUGUCUCCAGCAACGCUGGCACGUUGCAAAGCAGUUUUGGUAGCCCAGCAGCUACAGGAACGACGGCCCAACCUACCAUUCCUACUAUACCUCAGUCAACGUCGGAUCUACCCAGUCCCAAAGAAGUAAACAGAGAAGAUCCGGAAAGUGAAGUAGGUGUAAGCAGUGCAGUAGCUGAAGGUUCAUCGGCGAGUAGUGGCGAUGUAGAUGACUCCUUUGAUGGCAAAGAGACUGAUAAAGAAUCUAAGAAGAAGAAAAAUCGUUGUGCUGUAUGUCGUAAAAAAGUUGGUUUGACUGGAUUUGAGUGCCGUUGUGGAGGACUAUUCUGCGCCGUGCAUCGAUACAGUGACAAGCACGAUUGCAAAUUCGAUUAUAAAGAAAUGGGCGCUCAAGAAAUUCGGCGCAACAAUCCAGUUGUUGUUGGUGAAAAAGUGCAAAAAAUUUGAACUAUUUAGUGUGUAGUCGUUGGGAAAAUGGUUAUUAUAACUAUAUAAACAAACAGAAUAUAAAAAAAAAACACGCAGAAAACGAGAUAAAUUAUCUGGCAGCUGAUUCGCACGUCGAGGGGUGAAACGAGCGAGCGUGUAAGAUCGUGAGCGAGCGAGAGAAUGAAUGAGUGAGCGCGCAAGAGCGACAGUAAAAUUGUUUUGUAGCUGAAUGUCGAGGUAAGGUAGAAAAAUGAAGAAAAGAAACGAAUAUCAGACAAAACAAAUAAACGAAAGAUUGCAAAUUAGAAUGUGUGCGCGUGAGUGAUUGAUUCGUAAUUGGAUGCCAGUGCCAUGUAAGUUUCAGAUUGUCAUCUAGCGAGAGAAUUUUAAUUGAGAAUAUACCUGGUUACUAACUGCUGCCAGUUUACUACUAUUAUUACCUAUUAUUAUCUUCAUGAUUAUUACGGUUUAUGAUUAUUCUAUAUUAUGUUUAUUAAUUUACUUAAAUGGAAAAUUCUGCGAAAAUAUGAAGCUCGUUUUACAUAAAGGCAGAACUCUUGGUGCGGUCAGUCGGUCCAGGACGUCUUCUUAGGAGUUUUGGUUUGUUUGAGAAAUUUUAUACAUUACUGUUUCGUUUAUAUAUAUCAAAAAGUAAAAAAUAGGGAAUGUUGCUUAGGUAAUGGCUGACGUUGAUGGGUGAUCACAAUCUUAGGUUAAUAAUUAGUCUAAUAAUUAUUAAGUAUAUUAGUCUAUUGAUUCAUAAAUAAUGCAAUGAAGUAUAAGUAGUACUGUGUGUUUAUGUCCAAUUUCACGUGAAUAUAACCAGCAAUUAUUACUCAUUAAAUAUGUUUCAACCUAUAUUGCAAAUAAUUAUUUACGGCCGCCAAUCUGGGAUUUGUAAAUUAAACCCCUCUUUAACGUAUUUCUUCGAUUUCUCUUAGAACAUAAAUGAAUUGUUAAUGGUUGAAGUCGAUUAGUUUAUACUCGUUUUCUUUAUUUUUGCUUGUUUUACGAGUUUUGUAGGGUAGCUGCGCGAGGUAUUCCGGUGCUGCACAGCAGCGCAUAAUGUAAGAAUAAAUGAUUAAUAAAAUGUCUAGAGAGGCCGGGCAUUAUAUGAACGACGAAAGAAGAGAACUAUUAAAGUUUGUAAAGUGUGAACGUAUACUAAAAUCGUGCGCGAAGGAUAUUACACUGAUAAAUUUUAUAAUUCACGUACAUACUUCUAUUUUUCUUCUCCGCGCUUAAAAUUCGUGCCGAAUUUUACUUUUCAUUUUUCGCCCGUAAAUACUUAUACAUGUUUGUAAAGUUAUAGCAUACACGAAAAGGUGCUAUAGCUAUCCAGCUUUAUCAUAUUCCUGUAAAACAAGAUGAGUGAAGACGAUAAAACUGCGCAAACUACGCCUCACGUAUAGGUCAAUUCCUUGAGAGCUUCAUGAGUGAGUUGAGUUUGGAUCUUUAACGAAAAGAAUAUUUAAAAAAAAAACACACUGUGCGACUUUGCAAUUUCACGUAAAACAAAAUAGCAAUGUUUUCUUCUAUUUUUUUUCUUUGUGUUAUUUUGGGACAAAGCGCUUAAUCUAAAUUGUGCUGCCGUGCUUUUAUUUUUUGUUUUGUAAUUAGUGGACUUGUAUAAAUAUUAUCCGCCUAAAAAAAAUUGUUUUUGCGUCGCAUCGAAAAAUGUACAUCAAAUAUCUUAUUUUCGAUAAAUAUAUGAAGCGUUCUGUUAAAUAUGUAA